CCCUCCUUGACAAAGCAUGAGAACAUCUACACGAUUCCAAACAUAUUGACGUUCUCCCGCUUCAUCAUCGCCCCUGCCAUUGGCUAUGCCAUUGUCCACGAUGCGCAUGCCUGGGCCCUGGGCAUGUUCGCGUAUGCCGGCAUCUCAGAUCUGCUCGAUGGCUGGAUCGCCCGGCGCUGGAAGCUGCAGACCGUGGUCGGCAGCGUCGUUGAUCCAAUGGCCGAUAAGCUGCUCAUGACCAUCCUAACCGUCUCUCUUGCCGUGCAGGGCUCACUACCUGUGUGGCUUGCCACCAUCAUUCUGGGCCGAGACGUCGGCCUUGCCAUUUCUGCCAUCUACUACCGCUACAUAUCCCUUCCGCCGCCCAAGACUUUUAUGCGUUACUGGGACUUCUCGCUACCGUCGGCCGAGGUCCGGCCUACGACGAUCAGCAAGUACAACACGUUCCUCCAGCUCGGCCUGAUGGGGGCCACAAUGGUGACACCUUUUGUCGGCACGGAUGUAACUCUGGCCAUGACGGCGUUGCAGUAA